AUGAAUGUAAUUGUUUAAGAAGCAUAAUUACAAUCACUUUAAAAGAAAGCUCGCAAUUAUUCUUAUGCCUGCUCAUUAAAUAUCAUUUUUAUAAUUGCUUUCAUAAUUCACCAACUUUAAUAUAAUCUGAUUACUUUUAAUCCAUAAUUGUAAUUUAAUACAUUUGAAUAUCAAUUAUUAAGUGAUAAUUCUUUUAAAGAAUCUGAAUGGUGUUUUACAUUUGCAUUUAACUAAGAUUCAACCAUUUUAGCUGCUGGAUGCAAAUCCUAUAUUAAGAUAUAUAAUUUUGCUAAUGGAAAGACUUAAUUAAAUUAGACAUUAAAUAAUAUCAGUUUUGUUAGAACAAUUUAUUUUAUGAAGAAAUCAUAGAGUUUUAUUUCAGGAGAGGAAGAUUCCACUAUUUCAAUUUGGCAUCAAAAUUCAAAUAAAUAAUGGUUUUUAUUUUAAAAACUUAUAGAACAUUCUAAAACAAUUAAACAUGUCAUUAUGAAUAGGAAUGAAGAUCUUAUCAUUUCAUGUAGUAAUGAUAAAACAAUUAAAUUUUGGAUCAAAUAAAAUGAAUGGAUAUGCUCACAAACUAUUUCAAAUCAUACUUCAAGUGUUUUAAGCUUAAGUAUUAAUGAAUCAUAAGAUAAAUUAAUCUCUUGUUCUGAAGAUAAAUCUAUUUUAGUAAUGGAGUUUUCAAAAAUCACUAAUAAAUGGGUUGUUAUUUAAAGAAUCUUUUUAAAGGAACAUGGAAGAAGAUUAAGCUUUAUAGGAGAUGAUUAAUUUACAUUCCAACCAAAAAAUUAAGAUUUAUUAUAAUUAUAUGAAUGGAAUGCUACAUCUAGAAUUUUCAAUUUAAAAAUGCUAAUUCCAGUUAAUAGCACUAAUGAUCUCAAUUAUUAUUUUCCUUAAUAAUUUAUUACUUAGAAAUAACUAUUAAUUAAUAAGAAUGGCAAUUACAUCAAUUUGUUAAGAAAAAAGUCUGAUUAAACAUUCAUUUAAGAAAAUUUAAUUAAAUUUAAUACAAACUAAAUAUUUGGAAUUAUGAAUGAUUCUGGAGAUUAUUUAGUUACUUGGGAUUAAGAUCAAAAAUAAAUACAAUUCAGAAAAUUUAGUGAAUUAUGA